AUGUCAUGGCGUCCGACUUACCGAAGCUCCAAGUUUCGAAACGUGUACGGGAAGGUGGGGAGCCGUGAUCAAUGCUUUGACGGCAUCCCCAUCACCAAGAACGUCCACGACAGCCACUUCUGCGCCGUCAACGCCAAGUAUGUCGCCGUGGUGACGGAGAGCGCGGGCGGAGGCUCCUUCAUGGUCCUCCCCAUCAAACAGAUCGCAGCUCCAGGGGCCGGCCGCGAUAUAUCGACCCAGAGAGAGAGAGAGGUGUGCGGGGGGCUGUGGAGAGGAAAGAGCUGCCCAAACAUUCUCACAUCUUUAAAAGAGACAAAGAGAGGAAGCAGAGCCAAGGCCACAGCUGCAAGAGACAAAGGAACGCCGCGUUACCGCAUGUGCUCCGGCGUUAUCGUGGACUCAGUCAUAACAAGCGUCGUCCACACCGAGACAAACCCCAAACACACUGAGUGA